AUGGCCAAUCUUCCUAAUCUGCGACGUCUCUUCGUCGAGGCGCGCACUGAAGUCGAGGAGAACGAGUACUCUCGUACAGCGUUCUAUAAUUUAGUUCUCUUCAUUUCAUCCGUCGCGAUCUUCAGCUUGGCCGCUCAACGCAUGAGUGGACCCAAGGCCGGCCGGUGA